AUGUGUGAUGAAAGUGAUUAUGCCAUAGGGGCCGUGCUAGGACAGAGCAAAGAGAAGAGGCCCCAUGUCAUUUACUAUGCUAGCAGAACCUUAAAUGAAGCUCAGAGAAAUUACACCACCACAGAAAAAGAAUUGUUGGUUAUGGUAUUUGCGUUGGAUAAGUUUAGGUCAUACUUGGUAGGAUCAAAGGUGAUUGUGUACACAGAUCACGUUGCUUUGAAAUACAUGCUCACCAAGCAAAACACCAAACCACAUCUCAUUAGGUGGAUUAUGCUCCUCCAAGAGUUUCAUAUAGAAAUUAAGGAUAAAAAGGGAGUAGAAAAUGUUGUAGUUGACCAUCUGUAUAGAAUCCCAGGUCAAGAUCUUACUGAGGGUCCCAUUCAUGAUAAUUUUCCUGAUGAACAUCUUCUUCAUGUGAGCACAUUGACUUCUGCCCCUUGGUGUCAGAGGUUAAGAAGUCUGACCAAAAAGAGCAUGAUGCCUUUGCAACCCAUUCUGGUUCUUGAAAUUUUUUAUUGUUGGGGAAUGGAUUUUAUGAGCCCUUUUGUUAACUCACUUGGACACGAAUACAUCUUAUUGGCUGUAGACCAUGUCUCCAAGUGGGUUGAGGCAAUCCCAACAAGGACAAACGAUCACAAGAUUGUAGUGAAAUUAUUGAAGGAAAACAUUUUCAGUAGGUUUGGUAUGCCUCGAGCCAUCAUAAGUGAUGGGGGGUCUCAUUUUUGUAACAAACCUAUGGAAGAUCUAAUGAAAAAGUAUGGGGUAGUUCAUAAAGUCUCAACGCCAUACCACCCUCAGACCAAUGGCCAACCCGAUACAAAACCUAGGCUUAUCCGGUGGAUGCUGCCUCAGGAAUUUGAUAUUGAGAUCAAAGACAAAAGUGGAGUUGAAAACUUGGUCGCCGACCACCUAAGCCGGAUACUUGCUUCUCCUGACUCGUCUGACAUGGAUCAUUCCCCUAUCAGAGAUAAUUUUCCAGAUGAGUUACUUUAUCACUUACAUGGUACUGAACCUUGGUAUGCUGACAUGGUAAACUUUCUAGUUGCUUCUGAAUUACCUGCACAUUUUAAGAAAGCACAAUUAAAUAAAUUUAAGAGUGAAGCUAAGUACUAUGUAUGGGAUGAUCCAUAUUUGUGGCGCUUGUGUAGUGACCAAGUCCUUAGGAGGUGUGUCCCUGAUCAUGAAUUUGCAUCUAACUGUACACGUUGCCAACACACAAGUUCAAUUUCACGCAGAAAUGAAAUGCCUCAGAAACCUUUAUUAUUUUGUGAGAUAUUUGAUGUAUGGGGCAUUGAUUUCAUGGGUCCUUUUCCUGUCUCUUUUGGUUUUGUGUACAUUCUUUUGGCUGUGGAUUAUGUUUCGAAAUGGGUGGAAGCUAAAGUCACCCGGACUGAUGAUUCUUCUGUGGUUGCAGAUUUUGUUAGAUCUCAUAUUUUCUGCAGGUUUGGCAUUCCUAGGGCCAUCAUCAGUGAUCAAGGAUCCCACUUCUGUAACAGAACGAUGCAAUCCAUGCUCCGAAAGUAUGAAGUUUUACAUAAAGUGGCGACGCCCUACCAUCCACAGACCAAUGGGCAGGCUGAGGUUUCAAACAAAGAUAUCAAGCAGAUUCUAGAGAAGACAGUCCAGCCCAACAGGAAAGACUGGAGCCAAAGGUUGGAAGAUGCACUUUGGGCCUACCGCAUAGCUUACAAGACCCUGAUUGGCCUGUCCCCAUAUCGACUGGUCUUUGGAAAAGCAUGUCAUCUGCCGGUAGAGAUCGAGCAUAAGGCCUAUUGGGCGGUGAAGCAAUGCAACAUGGACAUGAAAGAAGCUGGUUCCCAGCGGAAGCUUCAACUGCAAGAACUUGAGGAAUUGAGGUUAGAGGCAUAUGAGAACUCCAGGAUAUACAAGGAAAAGACCAAAGCUGCACACGAAAAAUUGAUUGCCAAGAAGGAAUUCAACAUUGGCAAUAAAUCACACUAUUGUUUCCUUGACGGUUUUUCUGGAUACUUUCAGAUUUGCAUAGCCCCAGAGGAUCAAGAGAAGACCACCUUCACCUGCCCCUUUGGCACAUUCGCUUAUAGAAGAAUGCCUUUCGGUCUAUGUAAUGCUCCAGGUACCUUUCAGCGAUGCAUGGUAAGUAUAUUUUCAGAUUUUCUAGAGCAUUGCAUGGAAGUAUUCAUGGAUGAUUUUUCAGUUUAUGGCACUUCUUUUGAUGAUUGCUUGGUUAGCUUGGGUAGAGUCCUAGAGAGAUGCAUUGAAAAGAACCUUGUUUUAAAUUUUGAAAAAUGUCAUUUCAUGGUAGAACAAGGAAUUGUUUUAGGGCAUGUUCUGUCUAAGAAGGGUAUAGAAGUGGAUCGGUCUAAGGUUGAUGUUAUUGCUUCAUUGCCUUACCCCACCUCUGUGAAGGAGGUGCGUUCUUUCCUUGGCCAUGCAGGAUUUUACAGGAGGUUCAUCAGAUUCAGCAAGAUUGCACUUCCACUUUCCCACCUUCUCCAGAAAGAAGUGACCUUCCACUUUGAUGAGCAGUGCAAGCGAGCAUUCGAGGAACUGAAGAGUCGAUUGAUUUCUCCACCCAUCAUACAGCCACCCGACUGGGAGUUGCCCUUCGAGCUGAUGUGCGACGCCUCCAACUUUGCAGUGGGCGCCGUCCUUUCACAACGUGUGGAGAAGAAGUCACAUGUCAUUGCCUAUGCUGAUGGUUUUUCCGGUUAUUUUCAGAUUUGCAUAGCACCGGAGGAUCAGGAGAAGACCACCUUCACCUGCCCCUUUGGCACUUUUGCAUACCGGAGGAUGCCAUUUGGUCUAUGUAAUGCCCCAGGUACGUUCCAGCGAUGCAUGGUGAGUAUAUUUUCAGAUUUACUUGAGCAUUGCAUGGAGGUUUUCAUGGAUGAUUUUUCUGUUUAUGGGACCUCCUUUGAUGAGUGUCUAAUCAGUUUGGGUAGAGUCCUAAAGAGAUGUGUUGAGAAGAAUCUUGUCCUAAAUUUUAAAAAAUGUCAUUUCAUGGUAGAGCAGGGGAUUAUUUUGGGUCAUGUUGUGUCCAAGAGGGGUAUAGAGGUUGAUAAGUCCAAGGUCGAUAUCAUUUCUUGUUUGCCUUACCCCGCGUCUGUGCGGGAGGUACGUUCUUUCCUUGGACAUGCAGGAUUCUACAGGAGAUUCAUCCAAGACUUCAGCAAGAUUGCCCUUCCAAUGUCCAACCUGCUUCAGAAGGAUGUGGAAUUCAAAUUUGAUGAGUCUUGCAAGAUGGCCUUUGAGGAGCUCAAGAGGCGCUUGACUUCUCCACCCAUCAUCCAGCCACCCAACUGGGACUUGCCAUUCGAGCUCAUGUGUGAUGCUUCCAAUUAUGCAGUUGGUGCCGUCCUUUCACAACGAGUGGAGAAGAAGUCACACGUCAUUGCUUAUGCCUCGCGCACUCUGGACAACGCCCAAGCAAACUACACCACUACUGAAAAGGAGCUUCUUGCCAUUGUGUUUGCUUUAGAUAAAUUUCGCUCUUAUCUCCUGGGUUCUAAUGUUGUCAUGUUUUCUGAUCAUACAGCUUUGAAAUAUCUCUUGAAGAAGCACGAUGCCAAACCCAGGCUUCCUUCCUCUUCAGAUGCCACUACCAUGGACUGUCAGCCUAUCAAAGAUGACUUCCCAGAUGAGUUACUCUAUCACUUGCAUGGUACUGAGCCCUGUUGA